AUGGAGAUGGAUUUCAAGGUUUGUUCAGUGAGAUUUGAUCUCUUCAAGGACGAGGACAAGGACAAAGACGACCGUGGCAUGGUUGAUCUAUCUGUAAAGCAUGUAGCUCUGUUUGACCAAGUCGAGAUAUGUAAAGUCUUUUACUGCAAAGGCUUACUGUUGUGCGUCCUCAAGGACAUCUCUAGUCUCGUGGCUUGGAACCCGUAUUUAGGGCAAACAAGGUGGAUCAAGCCCAGAGAAACUUUCCACCGAAAUGACAGGUAUGCUCUCGGAUACGACAAGAAGAACCGCAGCCACAAAAUCUUGAAGUUUUUGGAUGAUGGCCACCCAAGAAACAAGUUCGACUACAUGUUUGGGUAUGAAAUCUACGAUUUCAGCUCUGAUUCAUGGAGGGUUCUUGACGAGAAAGUAGAAAUCGGUGUUGAUGAUAUUGACCUAGAGUUUUCUGAGUUUGAAAACUUUUUAGACCGUCUUGCUGUUCCGUUUCACUCUUACAUCGAUGAGACUGUGUCACUCGCUUGCGUCAGAGAAGAGCAGCUCGCUGUCCUGUAUCAGCGGUGGGAUACAUUGCUUGAGGUUAUGCAGAUUUGGGUUACCACUAAGAUUGAUCCCAACUCGGUCUCAUGGAGCAGGUUUCUGAAAGUGGAUAUGAAUCCACUCAGUGGUUUUCAGUUUUUCUAUAGAGCUGCGAGCUUCUUCAUUGACGAGGAGAAGAAAGUCGCUGUGGUUUUCGAUUUUGACAGCAGCGACAACUCCAACAAGACCGUUCGGUACAACGCAGCUUAUAUCGUCGGAGUUGAUGGAUACUUCAAGUCUGUGUGUCUCGGAGAAGCUCGGGAUCGCUGGUGCCGCCCACUUGUGUGCUCAUCUUCGUAUCUCCCAAGUUUAGUGCAGAUCAACAACCAACGGCGCAAAAGGAAGAAAAGAGAUGUUUAG